AUGGCGGAUAAUGUAGAAGAAAUGCCAGAUGAGGAGAUUCCAGCAAAAAGACCAAAGACCUCCGAUUCUGAUGAGUCAUCAAGAUUUCGUCCUCCAUACACAAGAUAUCAUCAAAUCGUUCGUGAAGAAUCGAAACAUCAUCUGCUGCUUAUUUUCACUGGAAGUAUUGCCGUCAUGAAGGCACCAGAGUUGAUCAGCGAAUUGUACGCGAAAAUUGGAAGAGAUCGUUUGUUCAUCAAGAUCGUUACAACCGAAAGAGCACUUUCAUUGACUGAAAUUCAAAAAUUCGAGUUUGAAGAAACAGUUUAUGAAGAUCGCGACGAAUGGUCAAUGUGGACAGAGAGAGGAGAUCCGGUCCUUCAUAUCGAACUCCGAAAAUGGGCAGAUUCUGCACUCAUCGCUCCACUCGGUGCUAACUCAAUGGCAAAAAUCGCCAAUGGAAUCUGUGAUAACCUUGCGACCUCGAUCAUCCGUGCUUGGGAUCUUUCCAAACCAUUGUACUUUGCACCAGCCAUGAACAGUCACAUGUGGGAGAGUCCGUUGACUCGGCAGCAUCGCGACGUGUUGAGAUCGCAGCUAAGGUUCAAGGAAAUCUGCCCAAUUCAGAAGGAGCUCAUGUGCGGAGAUUCUGGAAUGGGAGCGAUGGCAUCGGUCCCAACGAUUGUAUCGCUGAUUGCAGCGCUUGUCAGAGACCAGCAAGCGGUCCGAACUAGAUGCACUGAAUAA